AGGUCUCAGCUGGUCCUGCCAUUCCAGAGAAACAGGGAAAAGGUACCCCUUUUCUCAGACUCCCCUGAAGUGUAUGGUUUACUCUGAACCCAGAGACUGAUGACACGUCUGCCGGUGUUGCUGGGUGCAGCUAUAAGUUACUAGGGGAAAGUGUUUGAGGGGGAGAAGUCAGAGGUGACUUUGCCCCCUCCCUCAAUUCCAGAUGAGGAAACACAGGCCUGAAAAGGGAAAGUGACCGCCUCAAGGUCUCAUGCCCUGGAGGACCCAGCAGGAAUCCAAGACCUCUGAAAAGGAAGGGCAGGACUCUUAACACCGCUGGGGGUGUGGUCAUGGGGACACAGGUUUUCCAUCCAUGGAAGGCCCUGAAAGAUUUUGUCUUCCUCCCUAGGGCCAGCAUCAGAGGAGUGAAUAGCUCAGUUCACUCCUCCAUGUGCCCUGGGAGGUGGUUUGCCACUUUCACGGUUGGACUGACUUGGAGAGAAACAGAGAGCCACCCAGGGGUGGGGACGAGCUCUCUGCAAGUCAUGGCUUACAGAUCACUUGCCCAAGUGGCUCCCUAGCUCCUGGCUCCCGGCUCUGGGUCUGGGACUUUCCCCGAAGUGGAGCUGGCCACUGUGAGGAGCCGACUGGAGGCAGCUCACAGUGUGCCACCAUGGAGUUGGGGCCCCCAGAAGGCGGCUACCUGGAGCUUCUCAACAGCGAUGCUGACCCCCUGUGCCUCUACCACAUCUAUGACCAGAUGGACCUGGCUGGAGAAGAAGAGAUUGAGCUCUACUCAGAACCCGACACGGACACCAUCAACUGUGACCAGUUCAGCAGGCUGUUGUGUGACAUGGAAGGCGAUGAAGAGACCAGGGAGGCUUAUGCCAACAUCGCGGAACUGGACCAGUAUGUGUUCCAGGACUCCCAGCUGGAGGGCCUGAGCAAAGACAUUUUCAUAGAGCACAUAGGACCAGAUGAAGUGAUCGGUGACAGUAUGGAGAUGCCAGCAGAAGUUGGGCAGAAAAGUCAGAAAAGACCCUUCCCAGAGGAGCUUCCGGCAGACCUGAAGCACUGGAAGCCAGCUGAGCCCCCAACUGUGGUGACUGGCAGUUUCCUAGUGGGACCAGUGAGCAGCUCCUCCACCCUGCCCUGCCUGCCACUGCCUGCUCUGUUCAACCAGGAGCCAGCCUCCGGCCGGAUGCGCCUGGAGGAAACCGAUCAGAUGCCCAUGCCUUCCUCUUCCUCUAGUUCCUCGUUGAGCUGCCUGAAUCUCCCUGAGGGACCUGUCCAGUUUGUCCCCACCGUCUCCACUCUGCCCCAGGGGCUCUGGCAAAUCUCUGGGACUGGAACAGGGGUCUCCAGUAUAUUCAUCUACCACGGUGAGGUGCCCCAGGCCAGCCAAGUACCCCCUCCCAGUGGACUCACUGUCCAUGGCCUCCCGACAUCUCCAGACCGACCAGGCUCCACCAGCCCCUUCGCUCCAUCAGCCACUGACCUGCCCAGCAUGCCUGAACCUGCCCUGACCUCCCGAGCAAACGCGACAGAGCACAAGACGUCCCCCACCCAAUGCCAGGCAGCUGGAGAGGUCUCCAACAAGCUUCCAAAAUGGCCUGAGCCGGUGGAGCAGUUCUACCACUCACUGCAGGACACGUAUCAGGCCGAGCCUGCAGGCCCCGAUGGCAUCCUGAUGGAGGUGGAUCUGGUGCAGGCCAGGCUGGAGAGGAGCAGCAGCAAGAGCCUGGAGCGGGAACUGGCCACCCCGGACUGGGCAGAACGGCAGCUGGCCCAAGGAGGCCUGGCUGAGGGGCUGCUGGCUGCCAAGGAGCGCCGGAGGACACGUGAGACACAAGUGAUUGCUAUGCUGGGCAAAGCUGGUCAGGGCAAGAGCUACUGGGCUGGGGCAGUGAGCCGGGCCUGGGCUUGUGGCCGGCUUCCCCAAUACGACUUUGUUUUCUCUGUGCCCUGCCACUGCUUGAACCGUCCGGGGGAUGUCUACCGCCUGCAGGACCUGCUCUUCUCCCUGGGCCCACGGCCACUCGUGGCAGCUGAUGAGGUUUUCAGCCACAUCGUGAAGAGACCUGACCGCGUUCUGCUCAUCCUAGAUGCCUUUGAGGAGCUGGAAGCCCAAGACGGCUUCCUGCACAGCACAUGUGGACCGGCACCGGCCGAGCCCUGCUCCCUCCGGGGACUGCUAGCUGGCCUUUUCCAGAAGAAGCUGCUCCGAGGUUGCACCCUCCUCCUCACAGCCCGGCCCCGGGGUCGCCUGGUCCAGAGCCUGAGCAAGGCCGACGCCCUGUUUGAGCUGUCCGGGUUCUCCAUGGAGCAGGCCCAAGCCUAUGUGAUGCGCUACUUUGAGUGCUCAGGGAUGACCGAGCACCAAGACAGAGCCCUGGCGCUCCUCCGGGACCGGCCAUUUCUUCUCAGUCACAGCCAUAGCCCCACUUUGUGCCGGGCAGUGUGCCAGCUCUCAGAGGCCCUACUGGAGCUUGGGGAGGAAGCCGAGCUGCCCUCCACGCUCACGGGACUCUAUGUCGGCCUGCUGGGCCGUGCAGCCCUCAGCGGCCCCCCGGGGGCCCUGGCAGAGCUGGCCAAGUUGGCCUGGGAGCUGGGCCGCAGACACCAAAGUACCAUACAGGAGGACCAAUUCCCAUCUGCAGACGUGAGGACCUGGGCGAUGGCCAAAGGCUUAGUGCAACACCCCCCAGGGGCCACAGAGUCCGAGCUGGCCUUCUCCAGCUUCCUCCUGCAAUGCUUCCUGGGGGCCCUGUGGCUGACUCUGAGUGGUGAAAUCAAGGACAAGGAGCUCCCACAGUAUCUAGCAUUGACCCCAAGGAAGAAGAGGCCCUAUGACAACUGGCUGGAGGGUGUGCCACGCUUUCUGACUGGGCUGAUCUUCCAGCCUCGCGCCCGCUGCCUGGGAGCCCUAGUCGGGCCAUCGGCGACUGCCUUGGCAGACAGGAAGCAGAAGGUGCUAGCAAGGUACUUGAAGCGGCUGCAGCCGGGGACACUGCGGGCGCGGCAGCUGCUGGAGCUGCUGCACUGCGCCCACGAGGCUGAGGAGGCUGGAAUUUGGCAGCACGUGGUGCAGGAGCUCCCUGCCCGCCUCUCUUUUCUGGGCACCCGUCUCACGCCUCCCGAUGCACACGUAUUGGGCAAGGCCUUGGAGGCUGCGGGCCAAGACUUCUCCCUGGACCUCCGCAGCACUGGCAUUGACCCCUCUGGAUUGGGGAGCCUCGUGGGACUCAGCUGUGUCACCCAUUUCAGGGCUGCCUUGAGCGACACAGUGGCGCUGUGGGAGUCCCUGCGGCAGCAUGGGGAGACGGAGCUACUUCAGGCAGCAGAGGAGAAGUUCACCAUUGAACCUUUCAAAGCCAAGUCCCUGAAGGAUGUGGAAGACCUGGAAAAGCUUGUGCAGACUCAGAGGACAAGAAGUUCCUCAGAAGACACAGCUGGGGAACUCCCUGCUGUUCGGGACCUAAAGAAACUGGAGUUUGCGCUGGGCCCCAUCUCAGGCCCCCAGGCUUUCCCCAAACUGGUGCGGAUCCUCACGGCCUUUUCCUCCCUGCAGCAUCUGGACCUGGAUGCGCUGAGUGAGAACAAGAUCGGGGACGAGGGUGUCUCGCAGCUCUCAGCCACCUUCCCCCAGCUGAAGUCCCUGGAAACCCUCAACCUGUCCCAAAACAGCAUCACUGACCUGGGUGCCUACAAACUUGCUGAGGGCCUGCCUUCACUCGCUGCAUCCCUGCUCAGGCUAAGCUUGUACAAUAAUUGCAUCUGCGACAUGGGAGCCGAGAGCCUGGCUCGUGUGCUUCCGGACAUGGUGUCCCUCCGGGUGAUGGACGUUCAGUACAACAAGUUCACGGCUGCCGGGGCCCAGCAGCUCGCUGCCAGCCUUCGGAAGUGUCCUCACGUGGAGACGCUGGCGAUGUGGACGCCCACCAUCCCGUUCAGUGUCCAGGAACACCUGCAACAACAGGAUUCACGGAUCAGCCUGAGAUGAUCCCAGCUGUGCUUUGGACAGGCACGUUCUCUGAGAACACCGAUCACGCUGGACCUUGAACUGGGUACUUGUGGACACAGCUCUUCUCCAGGCUGCAUCCCAUGAGCCUCAGCAUCCUGGCACCCGGCCCCUGCUGGUUCAGGCUUGGCCCCUGCCCGACUGCGGAAUGAACCACGUCUUGCUCUGCUGACAGACACAGACCCGGCUCCAGGCUUCUUUAGCAUCCAGUUGGAUGGAUGCCUGGUGGCAGCUGCCGUCCACCCAGGAGCCCUGAGGCCUUCCCUGCAGGACAUUGCGGACGACCACGGCCAGGCCAGAGAGAGUGAUGGAGGCAGCCCCAUUCUGCUUGCCCAGGCCCCUGCCACCCUGGGAAGAAAGUACUUCUUUUUUUUAUUUUUAGACAAGAGUCUCACUGUUGCUCAGGCUGGAGUGCAGUGGUACGAUCUGGGCUCACUGAAACCUCCGCCUCUUGGGUUCGAGCAAUUCUCCUGCUUCAGCCUCUGGAGUAGCUGGGACUACAGGCACCUACCAUCACAUCCGGUUAAUUUUUUUAUUUUUAGUAGAGACAGGAUUUUGCCAUGUUGGUCAGGCUGGUCUCAAACUCUUGACCUCAGCUGAUCCGCCCACUUCAGCCUCCCAAAGUGGUGGGAUUACAGUCGUGAACCACCGCACCCAGCCACGGAGAAAGUACUUCUCCACCCUGCUCUCCGACCAGACACCUUGACAGGGCACACCGAGCACUGAGAAGACACGAUGGGCAACCUCCAGCCUACUAAUUCCCCACAUUGCAACAGGCUGGGCUUCUGUGGCAGCUACUUUUGUCUGUGGAACUCAAUGCAGUGACUUUGUUGGCCAAAGCCAAAGCUAGGCCUGGCCAGAUGCACCGGCCCCUAGCAGGGAAACAGCUAAUGGGACACUAAUGGGGUGGUGAGAGGGGAACAGACUGGAAGCACAGCUUCAUUUCCUGUGUCUUUUUUCACUACAUUAUGUCUCUUUAAUGUCACAGGCGGGUCCAGGGUUUGAGUUCAUACCCUGUUACCAUUUUGGGGUACCCACUGCUCUGGUUAUCCAAUACAUAACAAGCCACUCCAAAACAUAGUGGCUUAAAACAACACACACAUUUA